UAGAAAGAAGAGCGACCGAAAUAAAACUGAGCAUUGGCAUGAGCUGUUAAGGUUGUUCGUUGGUGCAGUUAACGUUUGAACGUUGAUGUGUAUCAUUCUGCUUUAGUGUCGUUCUCUCACAGUAUAACCCAACGGAUUUUCUUCUCCCAUAAACAGUUUAAAAGCGAAAUUGUGCGCACAAUAAAACACACACCGAAAUCAAUAAACACAGCGAGAAAUAGCCGCAAAGUCCGAGUAUCAUAAAAAAAAAUCGUGCAAGUCGAAUUGUGAAUUUCGAUUGCAUUUCACUUUUCAUUGUGUGUAUUGUAUCGCAGAAAAAGUGUAAAUAUUCAGCGAUUGAACCAUAAAUUUUGGAACGCAAUUACCUGCAAUUAUUUAAUCUGAAAUCAGAAAAAUUGAAAAAUAAAUAAGAUAACGUUUAGAGAGAAAAAAAGGGGGCGAAGACUAAGAAGAUGUCGGCUGAUUCGGAAUUGAGUUCGAUUUUAAAUCGUCGCCAACAAAUUAACGAUGCAUUGGAAAAUGGUGAAACGGUGAAGCAAACAUUCCGUCCGGGCAACAUCUACACCGAAUUCCAUGAAUUCUCGCGCAAAGAGAUCAAAGAUUAUCAAGCCACAUUCAAUACGUACGAUAUUGGCAAUGAUGGAUUUUUGGAUCUGGCUGAACUGAAAGUAAUGAUGGAAAAAUUGCAAUCACCACAAACACAUAUCGGUUUAAAGGCAAUGAUUGCUGAGGUCGACGAAGAUCAAGAUGGCAAAAUCUCAUUCCGUGAAUUCUUGCUGAUUUACAGAAAAGCCAAAGCUGGUGACUUGGAUUCUGGAUCUGGUUUGAGCGAAUUGGCGCGUCUCACUGAAAUCAACGUGGAUGAAGUGGGUGUUGUUGGUGCAAAGAGUUUCUUCGAGGCAAAAAUCCAAGAGCAAUUCCUCACCAACAAAUUCGCUGAUGAAAUUCGCCAAGAGCAAGAAGAACGUAAACGAGCCGAAGAGGAUAAAUUAAUUCGUCGCCAUGAGUUUCAGCAACGUGCCGCCAUUUUUCAACAAAAUUAAUUUAAUCUCUAUCGUUAAGGUGUUUUCUCAUAUCAUUUUUGAAUCAUCGGUGUUACUUGAUCAAAAUUCAAUUUUUUUUCAAACGAUCUGUUUUUUCCGUUAUCUUGUGUAAUGUUUUUCCCAUACAAACCUAGUGUUUUUCUUUUUAGUGUUAAGAAUAUAUUCGAAUUCAAUAUUGUAAAUUAAAUUAUAACAUUUAUCGAAAGAAUUAUUGUAGUAAUAUAAGAUUUUAAACAGUAAUAUGUUUCAAAUUGAGCUAGUCGAAGAAUUGUAUAGAACAGAAGAAAGAAACAAACUAAUUUCAUGUUUAUUGCAUCUUGAUGUAUUUUAAUAAUGUAAGAAAAAUGAAACAAACAAAAAAAUAAAAUUGUGAAAACUGUUCAAUAAAAGUUGUCAAAAUGAAAAAA